UAUUUUAUGUUAAUUAUGUAUUAAAGGCUGCGGGUUUACCAACAAUACGAACGCCAUCAACUUUGCUCAGGUAGUAACACUCAAUAUUAUUCAGUAUGGAUUCUUUCAACAUUCAAGUUUAUUGGUCGUCGUUGGCAAUCCCCAUAUUUGCGGGAUAUCUUCUUUUAGUACGAUUGCUUCGUUACCAACGCGCCGACUCCAUCUCGUCGGAGUUCGGCCCAGGAAAGCGGCCAUUGUCAAGCAUGACAACGCAAGAAGCGUUCUCUAUUAUGCAACAGCUGCAACAACUCGAAUUUCCACACUCAAUGAGCAAAGCAAGGACUGUCGCACUACUCAAGGCAGGUGGCAUCCCGACAAUGUCCAAGUUAUUCGCCGUUACCGGACAGAACAUAAGGAAGAACGCCGGCAAACGUGCCGUAGAUACGGAAAUCCUUAUCCGAGAAGUCCAAUCCAACCCAGCCGACUCAGACCGCUACAUGGAAUCAGUAGCGCGUAUGAAUUACCUACACGCACGUUACCGAAAGGCAGGGAAGAUCUUAGAUGAAGACCUACUACACACUUUGGGCUCCAAUGUCGUGGAGAUAUUCAAUAUUGUGGAUGGAUCUGAGUGGCGCAAGCUUAGCGAUGUUGAGAAAUGUGCCGCUGGAAUAUUUCACAAGGUACUGGGCGAGGACAUGCUGAUUCCUUACUUACUCCUUCCAUCUAGUGCGCAUGGCUGGACCGACGGUCUUCACUUCGCUAAUGAGCUGUACGACUGGACCAUCCAAUACGAAGAAAGGGUGGCUAAACCCGUGCCCACGGGGGAUCAGUAUGUCCGGGUAUAUGUGGAUGGUGCGACAUCCGGACUUCCAGCACCAUUUACCUCUUUCCUUAGAAAAGUGGUCGCUUUUGACUUAGAUGAAACAAUGAGGAUUAGUUUGAAUUUAGAGCGCCCUGGUGCAGUACUAUCGCUCCUCCUCAACUGUGCCAGAGAACUCCGUAGGACGCUAUUGCGACACACAUGUUUACCCCGACCCGCUUUCCUCGCGGUACACAACGUGGGGGAACACGCGAACCCCGAGACAAAUCUGUAUAACUUCGAUCGACUUACUUUACAGCCUUGGUACGUAAAGCCCGACGCAUGGAACAAGUGGAGUCCAAAAGCGCUGCUUCUCAGCGCGCUUGGUGGUAGGUCACCAGGCUCCUUGGGCGAUAAGUACCAUCCUGGAGGAUACGAUUUAAAAACAAUUGGCCCAAAGCCUCAGGAAGGAAAGGGUAUCGAGGACAUGGCAGCUACUGUUGAAUUCCUCAAGACGCGAAAUUCGACAGGUUGUCCAUUUUCGAGUAUGGGCGGACACCAGUAAAUUGUCCAGUGUGUAGCACCUGGGCCGGAGGGUACCUGGGUACGAAUCCGCCGUCUUUUGGGCGAUGGUCCCAACCACGAUCUUCAUCGGAGACGGGAAUGACGUUUUAUGAUCCCAAUUCUCAUAGCUGAAUGCACGGGCUUUUGUUGGUUCCUUGAACAUUUCUACAUUCCUAUUUCUGUACCUUUUCUAUGUUCAGUGUGGUUAUGAUGUUAGGAAUUAUUAGUGGACUUAAGUCGCUUGUAAAGUUAUCCCCGACCGUCCGGUCACAUACAAACAACAUAGCAGAUUGAAAAGGGGUAUGAAAACUCAACUAUAAGAGAAGCUUGAACUCGAACGCUGAGUACUAGAAGUUACUAUAGCUUCAUUGCAGUACAAAGGAAUUAAACCGUGUUCUAUCUUCGCUCAAGCUGGAAGUCGC